CCUCCAAUUAAAUAAACUUCCGAAAAUCAACGUUUUUGUUUUGUCUCCAUUAGAGAUUCCCAUCAUUUUACAUUCAGUGUUCAGCAAAAUUUCCCAGGAAGAAACUCAGAAACCUCAAAGUCAUAAGCAAUCGGCAGCUCUCCCAACUCCACUUCCAAAAGCACCGCCUGAAAAUGGAGUCCAUCGCCGUCCUGAUGACGAAACCCAUCUAUUCGUACCUCCAAGCAGAGCUGGAGAAGCGAUUCAAGGUCCUCAAGCUCUGGGAAGCCCAAGACGGAUCCCGAUUCCUCGAAGACCAUAACCAGAUCAUCCGCGCCGUCGUCAGCGACGGCGGCACCGGACUCAGCCCCGAGCUCAUGGCGGCACUUCCGAAGCUGGAGAUCGUGUCCAGCUUCAGCGUGGGAAUGGACAAGAUCGAUUUGGGCAAAUGUAAGGAGAAAGGAAUCAGGGUCUCCAACACUCCCGACGUUCUCACCGACGAUGUCGCCGAUUUGGCUAUUGGGUUGACCCUGGCCGUCUUGAGGAAGUUGCCGGCGAGUGAUAGGUAUGUGAGAAGUGGGAUGUGGAAGAAAGGCGAGUUCAAGCUGGGCACCAAGCAGUUCUCAGGCAAAUCAGUGGGGAUUGUCGGGCUAGGCAGGAUUGGUCAAGCAAUAGCCACCAGAGCAGAAGGAUUCGGCUGCAAGAUCAGCUACCACUCAAGAACCCCAAAACCAGAGUCCUCCAACUACACUUACUACCCCAGCGUCGUGGAUCUUGCAGCUCACUCGGACAUCCUUGUCGUCGCGUGUGCCCUGACCAACGAGACUCGACACAUCAUCAACCGAGAAGUGAUCGAUGCGCUGGGCCCACGUGGCGUCCUCGUCAACAUUGCUAGAGGUGCCACUGUUGACGAGCCUGAGCUUGUCUCUGCUCUGGUGGAAGGCAGGCUUGGUGGCGCCGGGCUGGAUGUGUUUGAGAAUGAGCCGAAUGUGCCGGAGCAGUUGAUUGAGCUUGAUGAGAAGGUUGUGCUGGCGCCGCAUGCUGGGAGUGGGACGGAGGAGACGAGGAAGGGGAUGGCUGACCUUGUGGUGGGGAACUUGGUGGCUCAUUUUGAGGGGAAAGAGCUGUUGACCCCUGUGGUCUGAUUCUUGGGGCAGCCUGUAACUUUCUCUCUGUUUAACUAUUGAGACAUUUUGGGAGGGUUUCAAUGAACUUUCGAAAUUUGGCACUUCCAAUUGCCACUCUUCCUAGAUUUGUAAUGAUAAUAAUUGUGAUUGUGAUAUCGUACCAAUCGGUCAUAAAUAGGUUAGAUAAUGUAUUGCUCACUAUUUGGUGUACUAGCCUAAUCGGUGAGUUAGCAAGUUUUGCAGGUCGAUUCCCACCACCCAUAUAUUCUACAGAAAGUCACUCAUAGUCACUCCUACCGUUGGCCAAGUCUAGGCUUGGC